CUUGCCAGUUUGUAAACAAUACCUUGAAGAGCAACUUUUGAUACAAAUUAUCUAAUUUCCUUGUUGUUUAUUUCACAUAUCGUCGUAUGUUAUUGAGUUAUUCACGUUUAUAGUGUUUUAUGUGUGUUAAAUCAUAAAAAUGAAUAUUGAUUUUGAAGCCAUGGCUGUUUUGGAAGAGGAAUCACAGAAUGAGUCGCUGGGCGGUGGAGUGUACGGGUCGGUGGGGGCGUCGGGCGCGGAGGGCGGGGAAAGGCGCGAGGGGGGUAAGCGCGGGCGCAGGCCUGGCCGCAAGGCGCAGCUCGACAAACAGGACAUGAAGGCCAAGCUAGCAGAACGCAGCAGGCAGUCUGCGCGGGAGUGUCGCGCGCGCAAGAAGCUCCGCUACCAGUACCUCGAGGAGCUGGUGGCGGACCGGGAGCGGUCAGUUCUGGCGCUCAGGAAGGAGCUGGAUAAGUAUUACAAGUGGAACUUGGAGUUAGACCAGGGCAGGAUGCCGGAGGGUCUGGAGGCAGUGCUCCAGGAGAUGGGCAUCGUGAAACAGGAGGAGAGUAAAUCCUUUUUGACAUAACCUUUUAUAAUUUUACCCCUUUUAAUACCCUAUAUAUAAGUAUUAUGUAAGGAAUGAUGAAGGAAUGAAGACUCACAUUAUUUUGGUGUUCACGCCAAGUUGACGGUUUUUUGACAUCAGGAAUUUGAAUAUGGAAUAAUAGACAUCAACAAGACGCUGCUAAGACAAUCAGUUUUGAACUGUAUUCCGACGUAAUUGAAGUCUAUUUUAACAUCAGAAUUAGAUAAUUCUCGCCAUGUGCGAGCAACAAGAUAAGACAACCAAUUUGUAAUCAUUUUCCAACACGAAUAAGGUCUAUUUUGCCAUCAGCAAUCAUCAGGACUUCGUAAAUGGAAUAUUAUCAUCUUAUAUGUGCUAGCAACAAGACGGAAAUCGUAAAGACAAACAAUGUUAAGGAUAAGGACAUCAGGAUAAGGUACCAUCUGUUACGUGCGAGUAACAAAACACUCCGGUCAUUGAGACAAUGAAUUUGGAAUCAUUUUCUAACAUGAUUAAGGACUAUUUUGCCAUCAAGCAUCAGGAUUUCGUAAAUGGAAGAAGUAUUAUUAUCUGAUAUGUGCCAGCGACAAACACUGCAGUUAUUAAGACAAUCAAUUUUAAACCUAUUUUCACACAAUUAAGGUUUAUUUUUAAGAAGAUAUAACUGAUCAAGGACAAGUAACACUUUUUAAGGGAUGAAGUGUAUUUAAGCGAAUAUGAUCUUAAAGGCAGAUAUUCCAUCUUCUAUUAACUGUUCGUAAUAGUACAGAAGAAAUUGAAAUCAUGUUUCUAUUAAAAAGUACAAAUUGCACCCGUACUUCAACUGUUUCAAACUUUUUUUGUACUAUUCGACUAUAGGUCUAAUUUUGUGCCUAUAAAGUUCAAAUUUGCUUAUCGAUGGUCCCUGGGAUUUGUUUUACAACCUGCUAUACUGCUUUAUUUGUCCUUUUUCCAGUUCAUUCUUUAACUCGUUGAGCACCGUCAUUAUAGACACAGUUAUAGAACAAUAGGUUGCGGUCAUCGGUGACCGCUCGGUGUUUGACAGUUUAAGGCAAACGAUUUUACUGAAAUAUACUGGAUUGAUCCGGGUAUAACCAAUUCACGAGUGUUUAAUCUUGUUUAGUUUGAAUCCGGUUAAAAUUAGUUCACAAGGGUUUUAUCCGAUUUAAACUAUACCAUGAGUGUUUCAAAUCAAAUGUAGGGAGAUAGUUGAGUUAAGUUGACUUUAAAACAUUGUCUUCCAUCUUGAAAACUAUUCGAAGUGGUACAAAGAGUGUUGAAUUCAAGUUCUUAUCUUAAAAUACUUAAUAUAAUAUAUUGUCACAGUAUAUGAUAUAUUAUAUUGUCAUAAUUUGUCAUCUGUAUAUCACUGGUUCAUCCCUUCAAUGUACCAUUCGAUUUAAGGUCAUAUUAAACAUGUUUACUUAACUUAGCUCAAUUAUCUAGCACUAUGGCAAUAUAAUAAUACACAGGAACACAUAAAGCGAAUUCCAAUAUAACACUCGGUUUUGGUUAGAUUCCGUGCAAUAACGACAUCCAUUUAGUAUAAUGGCAUCCAUUUUGUGAUUUUGAUGAUUCACAAUACAAUUUCAUUUUCAAUGACAAUUUAUAGCAAAUUUGAAAAAAAUACGGAACGAAAUGCGGCGAUUAUUUCUACGGCUAAGAAAAUUAUGGAUACAGAUUCUUUAAAAAAAUACAGAGAUGAUCUCAGUGUCUUUUUAAACCUUUUGCAACUUUUCAUCUCUUGUUUUGACUGUUCGACUAAAGACCUAUAAAAUUCAACUUCACUCAAAAAAAAUUUUAACUGGCCUCAUCUCAUUCCGUAAUUUUUAUGUCAAACAUUAUGUGACAAUUACAAAAUGGGUAUUUAAAUACAAUAUAGUUUUGUAUUGAAAUGUGAACAAAACAAUAAUGUGAGUCAAAGAAUAUGGGCUAGCUAUAGUUAAAUAUCUUUAUAUUAUAUUAAUUUUGAGUUAGUCAUUUGUUGAUUUGUUAUUUCGGCCAAAAUUUUAAAUAAGUUAUUCUUUAAUAUUAUUUUUUUAAUCAAAAAUUUCAAAAAUUUAAAUGUUUCGCCAAAAUGUUUUAUUAUAAGUUUUAUGUUUUCGUUUUUGUAAAUAACCGCAUAUUCUGCGUGACAAUAGUUCGAAUUCGAAUUUAUUAUUGACGACAUGAAAUGUCAGAUUUAGUUUCUAUUUUUCGUCGUUUCAUCUUUUUAUGGACUAAGUAUGGUGUGUGCGUGAUUUAAAUGUAAUUAUUUUUAGACCUAUUAUAUAAUACCUAACUAUUUUUAUAUGGCUAUAUCCUAAAAAUAUUAACUUUAAGGGAUGGUCCUUUUAAGGAUUGUACAUAUAUCCUUUGCAAUGUCGGAAUUGGUGAAACUCGUGUUUACGCAUAUUUUUCGUAUUAAGUUAUAUUUUUCGUCGUGUGAUCUUUUUUAGAGAGUACAAUUUAUUUCGUAUUAUAUAAGUUUAAAUAAUAUUAGUUUUAUUUUUAAAGCUCUUGAGUGAUACGUAUGUGUCUUGAGUUAAAUUUUAAUUAUAUUUUUAAGUUUAAUGUGACGUGAUAAUGCGAGCUGUCAAAACUUCAUACUGCAUAUUUGAAAUUUGUUGAACCAUUACAAGAACAUAAUAAAUAAUAUUUUUUAUUUCUACAACUCUUAAAAAUAAUAGUUAUGUU